GCAGCGCGGAGAGCGGGGGGUGACGGCGCGGGAGGUAGCGCGGGUAUCGGCAUCAUGCGUGAGAUCGUGCACAUCCAGGCCGGGCAGUGCGGCAACCAGAUCGGCGCCAAGUUCUGGGAGGUCAUCAGCGAUGAGCACGGCAUCGACCCCACCGGCAGCUACCACGGCGACAGCGACCUGCAGCUGGAGAGGAUCAACGUGUACUACAAUGAAGCUGCCGGUAACAAGUACGUCCCCCGUGCCAUCCUGGUUGACCUGGAGCCCGGCACGAUGGACUCAGUGCGCUCCGGCCCCUUUGGACAGAUCUUCCGACCCGACAACUUUGUCUUUGGUCAGAGCGGGGCCGGCAACAACUGGGCCAAGGGGCACUACACGGAGGGCGCUGAGCUGGUGGACUCUGUGCUGGAUGUGGUGAGGAAGGAGUCGGAAAGCUGCGACUGCCUGCAGGGCUUCCAGUUGACCCACUCGCUGGGCGGCGGCACCGGCUCGGGGAUGGGCACCCUCCUCAUCAGCAAGAUCCGCGAGGAGUACCCCGACCGCAUCAUGAACACGUUCAGCGUCAUGCCCUCCCCCAAGGUGUCGGACACGGUGGUGGAGCCCUACAAUGCCACCCUUUCUGUGCACCAGCUGGUGGAGAACACGGACGAGACCUACUGCAUCGACAACGAGGCCCUGUACGACAUCUGCUUCCGCACCCUGAAGCUCACCACUCCCACGUACGGGGACCUCAACCACCUGGUGUCGGCCACCAUGAGCGGCGUGACCACCUGCCUUCGCUUCCCCGGCCAGCUGAACGCCGACCUGCGCAAGCUGGCGGUCAACAUGGUGCCUUUCCCCCGGCUGCACUUCUUCAUGCCGGGCUUCGCCCCGCUGACGAGCCGCGGCAGCCAGCAGUACCGAGCCCUGACGGUGCCCGAGCUGACGCAGCAGAUGUUCGACUCCAAGAACAUGAUGGCCGCCUGCGACCCCCGCCACGGCCGCUACCUGACGGUGGCUGCCAUCUUCCGAGGCCGCAUGUCCAUGAAGGAGGUGGACGAGCAGAUGCUGAACGUGCAGAACAAGAACAGCAGCUACUUUGUGGAGUGGAUCCCCAACAACGUGAAGACGGCCGUCUGCGACAUCCCCCCGCGUGGCCUCAAGAUGUCCGCCACCUUCAUCGGCAACAGCACGGCCAUCCAGGAGCUCUUCAAGAGGAUCUCGGAGCAGUUCACGGCCAUGUUCCGGCGCAAGGCCUUCUUGCACUGGUACACCGGCGAGGGCAUGGAUGAGAUGGAGUUCACCGAGGCGGAGAGCAACAUGAACGACCUGGUCUCAGAGUACCAGCAAUACCAGGAUGCCACCGCUGAUGAGCAGGGUGAAUUUGAAGAGGAAGGAGAGGAGGAUGAGGCAUGAAGUUCCCACUUAUCAGAAGAACUUCUCUGAAGCUGGCAUGUGUAUGGAAUGACUUUUGAUAGUAGUGGUAAAGCAUGUUCUUUAGAUGCUGUGUACCCAAUUAUCCUCUUUGCACUUGUAACUUUGACAGAUUUUAUCAAUGUAACUGUUCUGAAUCCCAAGUUAUUACAAUGGUUUUUUGUCCUUUAUAAUGUUAAGAGCACAUAAAGGCAUGCAUUCUAGAUUGUUUUCUGUCUUUCUUAACUCCCCCAUCGGACAAAGAACAGCUAUUUCUUGCCCCACAGGCUGAAUAAGUUUCAAGGCCUGUAAGAUGUCUUGAAGUACAGUGGUAUAUUCUGAUCCACAGAGGCUUACGUAUUGUUAAUACAGAUCCCUCUCAUGCAAUUAUCUUUUUUCCUUUUCCUUACAGGACUCAUACCUAACGUGUAUGAAAAAUGAAAUCGCUAUAUUUCCUAAAGGGUGCAAGGACAAAUACCUCUAACCUUACAGCUUAGGUCACCGUAAGAAUUCUUCUACUUCUCUGUUGAACUCUUCCGCAAAACGCAGGUGUAGAUUAUGCUUUCCUUCUGGCAUCAGAUGCAACCUUAAAAGAGGGAGGGGAGGGGAAAAAAAAACAAUAUUCUGAAUAUGCACUAUAUUCUGGGAGCACAGGUAAACAGUUUGUCCUGUUCCUUUGCUCUUGGUUACCCAAGUAAAAAUAUUGAUGUAACGCUGACGUACUGUUUCCAUGUAUGUGAAUCAGAAUGUCAACUACAUCAAUAGUUGAAACAACAAACAGUUCCUCCACUUUGGGAAGGAUAAACUGCACUUUUAAACAAAUUUUGUGUCUCAGACCUAGUUUAAGAACCUUUUUAGUGGUCUGCAAAGAUGACACAAAUUGAAGUGAGUAAGAUGCAUCUAAAGGUAUGUCAAGCACCUAAGCUGCUUUGCCUGUGCUGGACAGAAUGUCCUGAACAGACUGGGUGGUAAAACUAAAUCUGUAGCCACAGCAAACUUAACUGGCAUUUGCACUGUCUCAUUUUUUUUCUGCAUAAAAACAAAUUCAGAACUAAUACAAUCUAGCUUUUUAAAGUAAAAAGGGAAGUACGUAUUUCUGCUGCUGAAUUAUGACUUAAGCUACAAAAAGGUUUAGGAGAGUUUCUGAAUAGCCUCAAUCUUUAGGCUGUUAACUGACGGGUGAGGCAAGACUAAACUAAUUGCUGUUGUUUUCUAUCUGAGAAAAACCUCAUGUAUGUACUUCUAGCACUUAAAUCAGGCUGUGAAACUCUGUUUUAUAACUUUUAGCUGUUUCAACAGCUAAAGACCACACUGUCUGAUACUUUGCUUUGCUGUCUUCAUACCAUUUAAAUCCUACUACAGCAAAGGCAAUAACUCUUGUAGUGGUUAUCAAGUGAUGCUUAGUUUCAGGAAGAAGCACCAGUAUAAAUGUAUCUAGUUCUUCCAGCACUUCUGAAUUUCAUUAAGAUGGUUUUUUCAAAGACAAAGCAAUAUACAGAUAUGCAAACAUACAACAGCAAUCAUGAAUACCAUCCACAAUGGUAAGCCUAAUAUUACUUAAUUCUAGCCAUACAGAUACAGAGUAAUGGCAUGUUUAUGGCAGAAACAAUGUAUCUGCACUACAGACAGCAAAUCCUUUUCUGAUUUGUAAGUCAGGAAAAAAAACCUAAGCAAGUAAAGGUGAGAUUCAAAUUAUUACUGAAAAUAUGCUGAACUUAAACCUUUUCACCUUUCCUGAAAUAUCUGUGGUGCAACAAGAGAAAAAGGAGGUCAUGUGCCUGUAUUUUUUCUGUGUUUCUGAUAUUUAAUCAUUGGUUUCAUUUCUUAUUGGAUAAAUGCAUAUAUGGGAGAGCACUUCAGCACAAAGACAUGUAAAAAAAGCAGCUUUAUGUUUUACUGUUUGGCGACUACUAACACUUGCUACCCUUGUGGUCCUUCUGAAGAAGCUAUCUGAUCUGUGUCUAGUUUUUGUUACGGCAUGCCUUAGUUAGCAUCUAGAGCGUUUCUCAGUGAAAUCUAACACGAUUAUAGGUAUUCUAAGCAGGGCAUCUGUGGGAGUAACUGACUGUCAAGCAUUUAAAAUAAAAGUCUGUAUGUGGUUAUUA